AAGUAAAGCUAUAAUAAUAAGGCUUGAGAAACUUGAACCCUCUCCUCUUUUUUCGCUUUUAUCUCUCUUUCUUAUUUUUUUGGUUUGCUAACCCAUUAUUCUUCUUCCAAAUACGUCGGAGAUGGAAUACAGACCCACGAUCAUGGUCACCAACGACGACGGGAUCGACGCGCCGGGCCUACGAGCUUUGGUUCAGGUUCUGGUCUCAACUUCUCGCUACAUUGUUCAAGUCUGCGCCCCUGACUCUGAAAAGUCAGCUGUUAGUCACAGCAUCACUUGGCGCCACCCACUUGCUGUUAAUAAAGUAGAAAUUGAAGGAACCACUGCCUUUGCAGUCUCUGGAACUCCUGCAGAUUGUUCUUCAAUUGGCCUCUCGAAAGCAUUAUUUCCUUCAAUUCCUGAUCUGGUGAUCAGCGGCAUUAACAUGGGUAACAACUGCGGUUAUCACAUUGUUUACUCUGGUACAGUCGGUGGAGCUCGGGAAGCUUUCUUUAAUGGUGUACCUUCUAUCUCUGUAUCUUAUGAUUGGGUUGCAGGUAAAAGCCAUAAUGAUGACUUCACACUCUCUGCUAAGGCUUGUUUACCAAUCAUCGAUGCAAUUUUGGUGGAGGUCAAGAACCAUACAUUUCCAAAAAAAUCAUUUUUGAAUAUAGAUCUGCCUACAGAUGUCGCUAAUCAUAAAGGAUAUAAGCUAACUAAGCAGGGUAAGACCAUAUUCAGAAUGGGAUGGACAGAAGUUUCUUCUGAUAUGGAAGGAGCCAAAAUGUUGUCAACCAUGACAAUGGAAUCAGAUUCAGCUGGGUCUGCAGAAGUUGAUACUUCAGCUGUGUCAACAGACUAUCGAUUCUUCCAAAGAAAAGUUAUGGGUGCUGAAUCAGAUAAGGAGGAUGAUACAGAUCACCGAAUUUUGCAAGAAGGAUAUAUUACUGUCACUCCCCUUAACGCCAUCUCUCGUGCUGAGAUGGAUUGCCAGGCCUACUUUCAAGAGUGGCUACCAAGAGUUGCUGAGCGCUUCUCUUCAUCAGCGCUGUGAUGCUCUAAGAUACAUCUUUUGAAUAAAAUUCUACCAUAUUAAUAAGGUUUGGCUGCAGCAGUACCUAAUUGAAAGAGCUGUUUUGGAUUUGGAUUAUGAUUUAGUAUUUUUUUUUUUUUUUUGUCAAGAAUAAAAUAUUGUAUUAGAACUACACUGAAACUGAGUUACAAAUGGGAGGAGUAGCUUCUUCCAAAAAAGCUCAUUGUCAAUUCAAAGAAAAAACAAAAAAAAAAAAACAAAAAAAGCUCAUUGUUUAGUCAAAGUGCAUGACAUAAGAAAAAGAUGCCCAACUCAUUACGAUAUGGGAAUAAGAUGAAUGAGGUUCCAUCUCAAAA